AUGGACCCACUUGCUGUGCUUACACUCGUUUUAGGGCAAUCUGUACCACGGGGAAAUGGGCUGGAGGAGUUUAUAUGUGGCAAAUGUGUAUCUGUGCUAGAACGCGUGUUCAAGUUUGACACAGUCAUAACCAGAGUCCGGGUUUUGUCCAGGGAGAGGCUUCAGAAACUGUCCCAGGAAAGAGAUAAUUUAAGACAAUGGGUACGAGGUGUUUACAGACAGCGCCACCCAUCUGAGCUAAGAAACAGAGGUAGCUCCAGUGAAGAUGAUGCUGAUUUGAGAGAUGGAAGGGCACUUGCAGGCAUGGGGAGGGCCUACCAUGAUAUGCUGAGUGACAAUAUGGCUCAUGCUGCAUACGAGUGUUGGUCUGAAAGAUCUGAAUCCUGUCCAUAUUUUAAAAGGACCGGUAAAAAAUGUGGGAAGAUGAAAAAUUGUGAGUGCUGCGACUCCCUUAGGGUGUCUGAUUCGGAUUAUGAGUCUGUAUGUGGAGUCCCUCGACAUGUGCCCCAGGAAGCCUUGUCUCCAUUUGGCCUGUCACGGGACAAAUCUCAGAGUCUGCCUUUUCCCUUGUCCAAGGCACAAUCACCCCACUCUAGUCCUGCAUCUUUAGCUGGUUCCUGCCAAUCACUUCAGUCACAAACUCGCAAAGCUACUGCACGAUCACUGGAUUCGCUUGAUGGUCAGGAUCUAUUUGACUGGCCAGACGAGCACCCGGUCAUCUUUGACUCCAUUCUUGAAGAACUAAGGAAUAUUGAGGGUAAGCCAGUGAGGUCUCCAGCAGGAAGUCGCAUUCCAGUUUUGGCCAAAGGACAGAAUGUGGUAGCAGGAUCAACUGCGACUGGGCUUGUGCGAGUGCUGGAUUUUGGAGAAGGAGAUGAGGAUGAGGUGAAUGGAGAGCAUGAUGAUGUCCUGACUGAACUAAGGGAUGAAUUUCUUCCACUGCAGAGAGAAUUUUCUACAGCCAGAAUGCACCUUGUAGCCAAGCACUUAUGGGAACUGGAUCAAGCACAAGCUCAGAUCAAGACCCUAGAGGCGGGACUUCAAGUCACCACCCAAUUAAAUUCCAGUAGUUCCAAUCAAGCAAGAACAUCAAAGCCAGUGAAAUACUUGUGUGCAUGUGCUGGUCUAUUUCAGCAUCUAAACAGCAGCUCAGAGGACGACUGUGGUCUGAUCAGCAAUCUUAGCCAUUCGUUGCAAAGCAGGGAGAAAAUUAUCCAGGAAUGUGUGACUUUGAUCCAGAAGCUGUGCACAGGGGUAGAGGAGGCCGAUAAACUCGUCAACAAAGUGGCAGUGACUCUGACCAACACACAUUCAGAUAAAGAGAAUGUACUAGAGGCUGAGCUGUCAGAACUCAAAGAGAAAGAACAUGGUCUGCAGAAAAAGCUGGAGGUGCUACAGCAGGCUGCUCGAGGACGGGAGAGAGACCUUCUCACUCUCAAUACUGUGCUCCAAUGUAACCAAGAUGUCAUCAGUCACUUGCGGGUGGAAUUAGCUGAAAACACACGGUCACUGCAGGACCUGCAGAAGGAAAGGCAGUUGUGGAAAGAGCAUAACUCUGCCCUGGAAGCAAUGCUACAAGAAAAAGAUUCUCUCAUAUCCCAUCUGCAGGUGGCACUAGAGGGUGCCCAUAAAGAUGCUCAGACCCUCUCGGAUUCCCUGAUUGGUCGAGGAUUGGAAGGAGGUGGGGCUGAAGUCGCUCUGGCCAGUCAGGUGCGAGAGCAGGAGAUCAUGCUUUCCAAAUGCCUGAAUGACUGGGAGCAGCACACUGCCACAACAAGGGAGGAGGUCUCUAAGCUCUGUACAGCUCUGGAAAAUGCAGAGGCUUUAAUACAGGACCAAAGUCAAAAAAAGGUCAUCACUGACCUGUCUGAGCAAUUAAGAGAUGCUCGCAAAGAACUGCAAGAGACUCUAAGAGACAUCAAGCUUUCAGAACAAGGCUGGAAGAGUGAAAAGGCAAAGAGAGAUUUGGAGGAAGCAAAACUAAGGGAGUGUUUGUUGAAACGGGAUAAGCUCAUUGAGCAAGUUCUUUUGGAUGCAGAGAAGCGGGAUGGAAUGCUAAUAGAACUGCAGCAAAACAUCUCCAGUAAAAUUGAACCAAAAGUCGGUCUAAAACACACUCUAUGAGUGUCUGAUGUGUGUGUGAGAGAGAGAGACGAUGACAGAUAUGCACUACGCUGUGAUGGUCCUACUUUAUUCUGCAAAUUGGGAAAUUUAAACACAGGUGUCCAGAGUUUUGCAUAACACUGAAUAUUAUUCCACUGCCAUAGUUUGACCGAUAUUAAAUCUAAUAAAAAUGUCUUCAGUUUAUUGGAAUAGCUGAUUGUAAUAAAGCCUCUAUACAGCCUGA